UUUUGUUCAGGUACUUCGUCGUGAUGAAAUUUCAAUAUUGUAAAUUGCAAACGUUACAGUAAAGUUGUGUAACUAUGUUUUGGGAGCCGAAGAAGGAUUCGUUGCACAGGGCAUAAAUGUGAAGAAGACAGACAGGUAAAUGAAAAAUCACAAUGGCUGCAAAUGGCCCAAAUGAUUUUGGAUGUGACCAACUGAGAAGUGAAAUGGAGAAUUCACAGAACAAACCUGAGCUCCUCGAUGUCUCCUCCAAGUCAAAGACCAAGUUCAAACAAUCGAGAGAAGAUUCACAGAAGAAAUCGGAAGAAAGUGCCUCCUCCAAAUCGAAGACUAAGUCCAAUAAAUCUAAACAAACUGUGGGCAGUUAUACUCAGUUACUAAGACAACACAGGAGAAGAUCACCAAGAGAUCUGGUAGAUGUAGAAGAUAAGAAAAUUGAUAAACCAAACAAGAAGAAAGUAUGUGAAAUGAUAGCAGAGUCAGCACAGAGAUCGGUAGGGAAGGAGGCAAAGACUAAUGAAAGUGUGCAUAUGAAGUUAGAGGAGGAUCUUAGGGAGCGUGCAUUAAACAGUGGUUGUAAUAUACCAGUGGAUGUAAAAUCUAGUGUAAAGAAUGAUGACACUGGCAUACAAGAUGAAAAGUUACAAAAAUAUGAAGGACUAAAUGAUAGUCUGUUAUUAAAUGAUCAGACAGCUAAUUCCAUAGAUCAGGUACCUCAGAGUAAAGAGACUGAAAAUAAAGGUAAUAAGGUGAAAGGUCAAAAGGAGAAGAGGCCAAAAAGUGGGGGGAAGUCUAGACCAGGGUCAGGGGGGUCAGAGAUGACAGAAAAAGGACAGAAAAAUGACAGAAAGGGCAAAAAAGAAGAAAGUUAUAAACCUCCCAAUGAUUCUCAGACUGUUAACAAAGAUAGGCCUAAAAGUGGAAAAGGUAAACAAAAGGAAAGAGAAAACCAGGAAAUGGCUAGUGCCUCAGAAAAUCCACAGGAUGAAGAUGGCAAGAAGAAAAAGCCAAGGAACAGAAGAUUUAAAAGGCAUGAUCAGGAAAAUGAAAGUAGACCAAAUAGUGAGAAAUCGCAGGAGGGUCUAGAUGAAAAUGAAAGUAGAAAUGGUGGUUUGAGUGGAGAGGGAAUCUAUAAAGGAAGAAGGUCUGAGCGCCCUGGGAGUAGUAGGAAUAUACAGGAGAGUGAGAAGGAAGAAUCCAUGGAAAAACAGGACAAUACACAAGGGAAGGGUCAGAAUAGAGGGAAAAGACAGAAUAAAGGUCAGCCACAAAACAAUAACAGAGGACAGUCAACUAAACCCCAGUCUUUGUUUGAGCCGUAUUGGUCAGCUGAGGAGAUUUCUGCUGGACUGAAAAGAGGGGAACUCCUGGAGGGACAAUUUAGGAUAAAUGUAAAGAAUUAUGAAGAGUGCUUUAUAGAUCACCCAGAUGGGAAGAGGGACAUUCUUAUCUCGGGGACAAAGGAUAGGAACCGGGCAUUUCAUGGGGACGUAGUGGUGGUCCAGCUCAAGGACAAGCUGGAAUGGAGGGUGCAUGAGAAACACUUGACAGAUCUGGAAGAAGAACACAGACAGAGAUGUGAGGAGGACGAUUCCUCAGUUGGUGAUGAUUCCAGUGUUGUCCCUGAUGUCAUAGGUGCCACUGGAAAUAGCAACACUGAGGCCAUGGGUGCCACUGGGAAUAGCAAAAGUGGCAGUCAAGUUAACAGUCAGAAAAACACUCCCAAAUCCACUCCACAGAAAAAAUACCUCUCUGUACAUGGGGCCCUAACUAACAACAGCCCAGUCAUCAAAAAAAUAUUUCAUGAAGAAGCAGAGAAGAAAGAUGAACAUUUGGAAAGCAAAUUGCUACAGCCAACAGCAAAGGUAGUGGCCAUUCUGGAGAAAAGAAACAACAGAGCUUGUACAGGAAACAUCAGUUUGAUGACUGACAAAAACAAAAAUUGGGCGUUUUUCAAGCCCAUUGACAGUAGAAUGCCUAGAAUGAGAAUUCCAAUGUCGGAGUGCCCAAAAGAUUUUUAUGAAAGGCCAGAUGACUACAAGAACACUUUAUUCAUAUGUAGAAUAAUAGAAUGGAAAGAUAACAUGCAGGCUUUUGGGUCACUCAUGAAGAGUCUGGGAGAGGCAGGACAGAUUGAGCCAGAGACAGAGGGAAUGCUGAUUGAGAAUGAUGUAGAUUCCUCAGAAUUUCCUCAAGAGGCCAUUGACAGUUUACCUGUCCAUAGUCUGCCCUGGAGGAUUCCAGCUGAGGAGUAUGAAUCCCGGCGGGAUUUCCGAUCCCAGUGUGUGUUCACUAUUGAUCCCUCUACAGCUCGGGAUCUAGAUGAUGCUCUAUCCUGCGAGAAGCUUCCCGAUGGUAAUUAUGAGGUGGGAGUUCACAUAGCUGAUGUCAGUUACUUCCUGAAAGAAGGAACCCUGCUGGAUAAAAUAGCAGGUCACAGAGCUACUAGUGUCUAUUUGGUGCAAAAGGUAAUUCCUAUGUUACCCAGAAUUCUCUGUGAGGAGCUUUGUAGUUUGAAUCCAGAUGAGGAUAGAUUAACCUUCUCUGUGGUUUGGAAAAUUUCAGAGAAAGGAGAGAUAUAUGAAGAAUGGUUCGGUCGAUCAGUGAUCAAGUCUUGUUGUAAACUGGCUUAUGAACAUGCUCAGGGAUUUAUAGAACAAGCUGAUAGAGAAUGGACCAAGGAAGAGUUGCCUCCCAUAUCUGAGAAAUUCUCUGUACAGGAAAUUAAGGAGAGAACUCUAAAUCUACACAAAAUAGCAGUGAAUCUCCGGAAGCAGCGUAUGGAUAGUGGGGCACUGAGACUGGACCAGGUCAAGUUACAGUUCUGUCUGAAUGAUGAAACAGGGCUUCCUAACGGCUACAGUAUCUACCAACAGAAAGAUAGUAACAGAUUGGUAGAAGAGUUCAUGUUGCUGGCCAAUAUGGCGGUUGCUCAUAAGACAUAUUCCGUGUUUGACAAACAAUCCCUGCUGAGACGUCAUCCACCACCAAAAUCUAAAAUGAUGGAGGACAUGAGAGACCUUUGUGCCAGUCUCGGAGUCCCUCUUGAUAUUGACAGUGCUGGUGACCUUCAGAGGUCUCUAUGGAGUUACCUUGGAAAUGAUGAAUUUUCAGGUGCUAGAAUGCAGGUUCUUGUCAGUAUGUGCUCCAAACCAAUGCAGAAUGCUUUAUAUUUUUGCACUGGAUGCCUGGAGGAUGAAGAACUAUACAGGCAUUAUGCCCUAAAUGUUCCGCUGUAUACCCACUUCACCAGUCCUAUCAGACGAUACGCUGAUGUUAUUGUUCACAGAACACUGUCAGCUGCACUAGGGUGCAGUCCAGAGAUUAAUCUGACCCCACAGCAGAUUAACAAGCAAGCGUUACAAUGUAACGAGAAGAAGACCAACUCCAAACGAGUGCAAGAACUAAGUGUAGAUCUCUAUUUCUCCAUAUUUGUCAAGGCAACUAUAAAACCACCUCACAAGAGAAAGAGACCGACAGAUGAGUUGAGUGCUCAGAUGGACAUUUUAGAACUUAGCUGA